AGAAAGGGUACAAUUAUGAUACGAUUUUUGGACUGUCAUUUUUUAGAUGUUGGAAAUUCCACAUCUCAAGUAAGAUAUUUUGAUAGUGCCACAGUUGUAUUGAAGGGAAGGGAGGAUGAGUAUGUCAAAAAUCUUGGACUAUUAAUAAUGAUUAACCUUUCGGGCAACAAAUUGAUUGGGAAACUUCCAACUGAGAUCUCGAGUCUUUUGGAGUUGGUUGCAUUGAACGUAUCCGGAAACAACUUAAUUGGAGAGAUCCCUCAUUUAAUCGGUCAGUUGAAGAAUCUAGAAACACUUGAUUUGUCAAGGAAUCAGUUCUCAAGCGAAAUCCCAUUGAGCAUGUCAGAGUUAAGCUUUUUGAACCACCUAGACCUAUCAUACAACCAUUUGUCUGGGAAAAUUCCUUCAAGCACUCAACUACAAAGCUUUGAAGCAUCUGAUUUUGCUGGAAACCCAGCACUCUGUGGGCUUCCACUUUCACAGAAGUGUUGGCCUGGUGAACAAACACCAAACCAAGGUGGAGAUGGUGAAGAAUAUAGAGAUGAGUUCUGGAAAUGGUUUUAUGGCGCAGCAGGAUUUGGAUUUGUGGUAGGUUUUUUGGGUGUUUGUGGUUCUUUGUUGCUAAAGGAUUCAUGGAGACAUGCCUAUUUCUUGUCAUUGGAGAACAUGAAGGAUUGCCUCUACGUAACAAUGGCUGUGAACAUGGCAAGACUGUGGAGGACGUUUCAAAGGCCCGGAUGAGCACUUCAUCUAUGGUUGCGUAGCUGUGCUGAAGGGUAUAUACUUAACAUGCAUGGUAAAUUUCACUUCGCUUGAAGUAGUUCUAUA